AUGUCCUCUACUAGACCAGAGCUGAAAUUCUCUGAUGUAUCAGAAGAAAGAAGCUUCUAUAAAAAGUAUACAGGUUUACCGAAGACGCCCAUAAAGACCAUUAGAUUAGUGGAUAAAGGCGAAUAUUAUACAGUUAUAGGUUCGGAUGCGAUAUUUGUUGCUGAUUCGGUGUAUCAUACCCAAUCUGUUUUAAAAAACUGUCAAUUGGACCCUGUGACGGCGAAAAACUUCCAUGAACCCACUAAAUAUGUUACUGUUUCGCUUCAGGUCCUUGCCACUCUGCUGAAAUUAUGUUUGUUAGAUCUGGGCUACAAAGUUGAGAUUUACGAUAAGAGUUGGAAGUUAAUUAAGAGUGCAUCUCCAGGGAACAUCGAGCAAGUCAAUGAGUUGAUGAAUAUGAACAUUGACUCGAGUAUCAUCAUUGCGAGCUUGAAAGUUCAAUGGAAUUCUCAGGAUGGAAAUUGCGUUAUUGGAGUUGCAUUCAUUGAUACCACUGCCUACAAAGUUGGUAUGCUUGAUAUUGUCGAUAAUGAAGUGUAUUCCAAUCUAGAGAGUUUCUUGAUUCAAUUGGGUGUGAAGGAAUGUUUGGUGCAGGACUUAACACUGAAUUCAAACUCCAAUACUGAAAUACAGAAAGUAAUCAAUGUAAUUGAUCGUUGUGGAUGUGUCGUUACGUUAUUGAAAAACUCAGAAUUUUCUGAAAAGGACGUCGAACUGGACCUAACUAAGUUAUUGGGCGAUGAUUUAGCUUUAUCGUUGCCCCAGAAAUACUCUAAAUUAUCUAUGGGUGCAUGCAAUGCAUUGAUCGGCUAUUUACAGUUGCUAUCAGAGCAAGAUCAAGUGGGCAAGUAUGAAUUAGUUGAACAUAAAUUAAAGGAGUUUAUGAAGUUAGAUGCCUCUGCCAUUAAAGCCCUUAAUCUAUUCCCACAAGGAGCACAAAAUCCAUUCGGCAGCAACAACUUAGCUGUCUCUGGGUUUACGAGUGCUGGUAACACCGGUAAAGUAACUUCUCUUUUCCAGUUGCUGAAUCAUUGUAAAACAAAUGCCGGUGUUAGACUUUUAAAUGAAUGGUUGAAGCAACCACUAACCAAUAUUGACGAAAUUAACAAAAGACAUGACUUAGUUGACUAUCUGAUUGACCAAAUUGAGUUAAGGCAGAUGUUGACCGCUGAAUAUUUACCCAUGGUUCCAGAUAUUCGUAGAUUGACUAAGAAGUUAAAUAAAAAGGGAAACUUAGAGGAUGUCUUGAAAAUUUAUCAGUUCAGUAAAAGAAUACCAGAAAUUGUUCAAGCUUUCAGUUCGUUCUUAGAGGAUGAUAGCCCAACUGAAUCAGUAAAGGAACUAGUCCGCUCUACUUGGUUAACUCCGCUAAGCCACCAUGUUGAACCAUUGUCCAAAUUCGAAGAAAUGGUUGAAACAACCGUUGAUUUGGAUGCUUAUGAAGAAAAUAAUGAAUUCAUGAUUAAAGUCGAGUUUAAUGAAGAAUUGGCGAAGAUAAGAAGUAAACUGGAUGCGUUGCGUGAGGAAAUCCAUUCAAUCCAUCUAGAUUCUGCUGAAGAUUUGGGAUUCGAUCCAGACAAAAAACUGAAGUUGGAGAACCAUCAUCUGCAUGGUUGGUGUAUGAGACUGACACGUAAUGAUGCCAAGGAAUUACGUAAACAUAAAAAGUACAUCGAGUUAUCGACAGUAAAAGCGGGUAUAUUUUUUAGUACCAAACAGUUAAAGUCGAUUGCCAACGAAACCAAUAUUCUUCAAAAGGAGUACGACAAACAACAAUCCGCUUUGGUUAGAGAAAUUAUAAAUAUCACAUUGACAUACACACCGGUUUUUGAGAAAUUAUCCUUAGUCUUAGCGCAUUUGGAUGUCAUAUCCUCUUUUGCUCAUGCUUCGUCGUAUGCCCCUAUACCAUAUAUAAGGCCCAAGUUGCAUCCUAUGAAUUCGGAAAGAAGGACGCACCUAUUAAGUUCUCGUCAUCCAGUGCUGGAAGUGCAAGAUGAUAUAAGUUUUAUAUCUAAUGAUGUCACAUUAGAGAGCGGCAAGGGCGAUUUCCUAAUUAUAACAGGACCAAAUAUGGGGGGUAAAUCUACUUACAUCAGACAGGUUGGUGUAAUUUCGUUGAUGGCUCAAAUUGGUUGUUUUGUGCCUUGUGAAGAAGCUGAAAUUGCCGUAGUAGAUGCAAUUCUUUGCAGAGUCGGUGCAGGAGAUUCCCAAUUGAAAGGCGUCUCCACAUUUAUGGUUGAAAUAUUAGAAACAGCUUCUAUAUUAAAGAAUGCGAGCAAGAAUUCUUUGAUUAUUGUUGAUGAGCUAGGACGUGGUACAAGUACUUACGAUGGCUUUGGUCUAGCUUGGGCGAUUGCUGAACAUAUUGCAGGUAAAAUUGGAUGUUUCGCUUUGUUUGCGACCCAUUUUCAUGAAUUGACAGAGUUAUCUGAGAAAUUGCCCAACGUCAAGAAUAUGCAUGUUGUUGCACAUAUUGAGAAAAAUUCUAGGGAACAAAAACAUGACGAUGAGGACAUUACGCUAUUAUAUAAAGUUGAGCCUGGUAUUUCAGAUCAAUCUUUUGGUAUUCACGUUGCAGAAGUCGUUCAAUUUCCAGAAAAAAUUGUAAAAAUGGCUAAACGUAAAGCGAAUGAAUUGGACGAUCUGAAAACUAGUAAUGAAGAAUUGAAAAAAGCUAAAUUAUCAUUGCAGGAAGUUAAUGAAGGUAAUAUUCGUUUGAAGGCCCUACUAAAAGAGUGGAUUAGAAAAGUGAAGGAGGAGGGCUUAGACGAUCCAAGCAAAAUUUCUGAAGAAGCUUCUCAGCACAAAAUACAAGAGCUGCUGCGUGCUAUAGCGAGUGAACCGGAAAACGAAAAUGACAACUAUUUGAAACAUAUAAAAGCCUUGUUGUUAUAA